GUUACGUAAGAGCUAGUAUAGGAAGUACAAGAAGGAUUUUGAUCUGUCUUCAUUUUGAUUACUAUAACGACGGCGCGUCAUAUAUUUUUUUCACACAAUACUGUGUUAACUUUAUUUUUCUCCCCCCCCAGAAGUUUUAAGUUGAUAAAGAUGUCUUACCCAGGAUACGGAGGGCAUGGAGGUUAUGGAGCACCUAUGCCAGGAGCUCCAGCACAUGGGAUGCCAAUGGUAGCAGGACCAGGGGGAUACCAAGCCUAUGGGGCAUAUCCUGGAAAUUUUGGUGGUGCCCCAGUAAAUGACCCAAUGUGGAGUUAUUUUACUGCAGUCGCAGGACAGGAUGGUGAAAUUGAUUGUGAGGAGCUUCAGAGAUGCUUGACACAGACUGGCAUCAGUGGUUCCUACAGUCCAUUCAGUAUCGAGACCUGCAGAAUCAUGAUUGCCAUGCUGGAUAGAGAUAUGACCUCGAAGAUGGGAUUUAAUGAGUUUAAAGAGCUUUUUGAGGCUUUGAAUGUCUGGAAGCAGAACUUCAUGAUGUUUGACCAGGACAGAAGUGGGACUGUGGAACCACAUGAAAUGAGUCAGGCUGUUUUAUCAAUGGGAUACAGAAUUAGUGCUCAGACACUGAAUGGUAUUCUAAAGCGCUACAGUAAGAAUGGCAGGAUUUUUUUUGAUGAUUAUGUUGCUUGCUGUGUAAAGCUACGAGCUCUUACAGAAACUUUUAAGAGGAGAGAUAAUCUGCAACAAGGAGUUGUAAACUUUACCUACGAUGAUUUUAUAAUGUGUACAAUGGCAAUCUGAAUGCCAGUUAAAGCAGAUCAUUGAUGACCAUGCCGUUGAAGCAGGAUUUUAAAAUCUGAGUGUACCAGCUACCCCAGGGCAUUGGACUACGUGAACAUGAUGAAAUUUAAACACUGUGUUUGUGUUUUAAAAUGGCAGCAAGGGAAUAUUAUACUUUUUUUUUUUUUUUUUUAAAUCUAAAAACUGUAAAGGGCAUUUGUAUCAUUUUCUUGUUUUAUAUUUUAUACAUAACCCACAAUUCAGAAUGUAUCAGGCAUGUUUUACUGAGAUUUGUGUUGAGGCUGGCUAAUUUGUAAUGUGACACAUAUUUAAACAGUAUGAAAAAAAAACAAAAACAAAACUGUUUUGUGUUAAGAUUCCUUUGUGAUUACUGAUAUAAUAAUCAUGUGUAAUUUAUCAUUUUGGGACAGUUCGAGGAAGAUGCUAUAGCACCAGUGUUAAAAAGCAAACUUCUUAUAAUGUGGCAAACAAUUAUACAUCUACAAAUGUAACAAAACAGCUACACUGUUAAUGUUGCUGUAUUUCUAGCUAGUACGUAUGUGCAACAGUGACAAAUGUUUAUUAUUGCCAAGUUUAAUAAAAUGCUAAUUACAUUG